AUGUUGUUUUUAUUUGACUUUUUCUAUAUAUUUUUUUUAUAUUACCAUUGCUUUUUUUUCUUUUUUUUCAAAUUUCAUUUUCUUCAUUCCUUAUUCCAAGAGAUCCUUCUUUUUUUCUUUUACUUUUUUUUUUUUUAUAUCCAUUUCUUUUUUUUUUUAUUUUUUUGUUUUUUUUUCUUCAUUCCUUACAUGACAGUAUUGUCCUUCUUUUUUUCUUUUUUACUUUUCUUUUAUAUUACCAUUAUUGUUUCUUUUUAUUUUUGUUUUGUUUUCUUCAUUUCCUUACAUGACAGUAUUGUCUUUUCUUUUUUUUUCUUUGAUUUUUCUUUUUUAUAUUACCAUUACUUUCUUUCUUUUAUUUUUUGUUUCUUUUUCCUCUUUUUUCUUUAUUUUUCUUUUAUUUUCCUUUUCUUGAUUUUUUGUUUUUUUUCUUUACACAUUGUCCAACACAAUUUUUCUUUUUUUUUUGACUUUUUCUUUUUUUUGUUUUUUUUCAUUUUUCUUUUUUUCUUCUUUAUUUUAUUGUUUUUUUUUUCUUAUUUUUCUUUUUUUUUCAUUUUUCUUUUUCUUGACAGUAUUUCCUUUUUUUCUUUUCUUUCUUUCUUUUUUUUUUUUCGUUUUCUUCAUUCCUUAAUGACAGUAUUUCCUUCUUUUUUCACUUUUCUCCAAAAAUUCCAUUUUUUUUUUUUUUUUUUUCGUUUUCAUUCCCUUUUGACAGUAUUUUCCUUUUUUUUUUUAUUUUUCUUUUUUUUAUUACCAUUACUUUUUCUUUUAUUUUUAUUUCGUUUUCAUUGUCUUUCAAAUGUUUUUUUUUUUUUUGAUUUUUUCUUUUUAUUUUACCAUUGCUUUGUUUCUUUUCAUUUUGUUUUGUUUUCUUCAUUCUUUUCCCAGUAUUGUUUUCUUUUUUUCUUUGUCUUUUCUUUUUAUAUUCCAUUCUUUUUCUUUUCUUUUAUUUUUUUUGCAUUUUUUUUUCUUUUUUUUUUUUUUUUACUUUUUUCUUUUUUAGUUUCAUUUUUCUUCAUUUUUUUUAUUUUUUCUUUUUCUUCAUUUUUCUUUUUCUUCCAUUUUUGUUUCUUUUUUUCUUCCCAUUUAAUUGACAAUUAUUUAUUGUCCUUCUUUUUUCUUUUAUUUUUUUUUUUAAAACCUUUUUUCUUUUAUUUUUUUUAUAUUAUUUCCAUUCAGUAUUGUCCUUCUUUUUUUUUUUAUUUUUUUUUUAUUUUUUUUCUUUACUUUUUUCAAGUAUUUUCCUUUUACUUUUUCUUUUUUUAUAAAGUUCUUUUUUUUUUUUUUUUUUUUUUUUUAUAUUACCAUUUCUUUUUUUUUUUUUCUUUUUUUUUUUAUUUUUUUUUUCUCUCACAUGACAGUAUUGUCCCCUUCUUUUUUCUUUUAUUUUUUCUUUUAAUAGUAUUCUUUUUUCUUUUAUUUUUUUUUCAUUUUUUUUAUUCACAUCCAUCCAUUUUCUUCUUUGUCCUUCUUUUUUUUUUUUGCUUUUUCUUUUAUAAGUCUUCAAAGUAUCCUUUUUAUUGUCCUUUUUUUUUUUUCUUUGACUUUUUCUUUUUUAUUUUACCAUCAUCUUUUUCUUUCUUUUUUUUUUUGUUUCGUUUUCUUCAUUUUUUUUUUUAUUUUCUUCAUUUAAUUGUCCUUUUUUUUUUCUUUUUUUCUUUUUCUUUUUAUAUUUCUUUUAUUUUUUUCUUUUCUUUUUCUUUUUUUUUUUUUUUUUCUUUUUUUCUUUUUUCAUAA